AUGGAGAGUUUUGAAAAUUUGAGUAUAGGAGACAGUUUCACUAGUGGAAUGGAACAAGUUGAUGAUGAACUAGUAGGUCUUUCUGACCUAAGUAUAUCAAAGAAUGGACCAACUCUGUCCCCACAACUUAUUAACCGAUUCAUGCCUCAUUUUCCCUCAAGUCCAUCACCACUGCGAAAUACAUUGGAUUUCGAUACUAUUAAAGGUGACGAGGAAGAAGAUGACCUAAUGGAGAUAGAUGAAGUUGAUGAUGCAGGUUUUCAAGAUGAAUACAAUCAGAAACCUAUCGAAAGUCCUGUUAAUGCAAUCGAGAAAGCUAUAGUGGAAGAGAUCGAGGCCACUCCGGAGGACCCACCAAAACAAGAAAAAAUUGAAAGUCAAGCCCAAGAUGUGAAAGCUGUCGAAAAUAUUGUUUCACCUCACCAUUCAACUGUCAUAAAGGCAUUAUUGUCUCCAACUGAUUUAGGUGUGGCCGCAGCUACUAAGGUCGAAGGCGUUGUAACAUUGUCACCAUCAGCUACUCAAGGAAGCAAUAAAGUUUCCAAGAGCAACUCAGAAGGUGGGGACAUAAUCGAAAAUGAAGAGGUUGAAGAUGAAAUCAACUCAUCAAUUGGUUACAACAAGUCAAGCAAAUACACAAAUGCAUUCGAUUCCGAGAUAAUCAAAAGGGAACUAAGAUCACGAUCCAAAUAUCAACCUAUCCAAGUUUCUUUCAAUACACACAAUUACUUCUAUUCAGAUGAAGACGGUGUCAAAACUUAUUCUCUCACAAAACCAAAAGACAAUAAUAUAGAUGAUUUUUAUGACCAAAGCGAAGCUUUCAAAUUACCCAAACCAUGGUCACCUAAUUCACAUCCGGCAUCAAGAGCGUCAUAUGCCUUGACGUCAUAUUUACAGUUAUUUCUCAAUGCGAUCACUUCAGUAGUGAUUUUUAGCUUUAUACUCUCAUUUAUCAUAGCGCUUCAAAAGGACUUGAAAUCCACAUGGGAACAAAGAAAACAUGAACUGCAUUACGAAUCCAAAAUCUGCCAAGAGCAGUACAUCACAAACCGUUGUAACCAAACGCCGGGCUUGCCGGCUCUGGAUGAACAGUGUGCUAUAUGGAAACGCUGUAUGGACAGAAACAACGAUAUCUUUUUCCGUGCAAGAUCUACAUUAAGUGCCAAGUUAUUCGGAGACAUUAUCAACUCAUUUAUAGAUCCAUUAAACUGGAAAACGUUAUUUGUCAUCUUUUCUGGUGUCGUAACUUGGUGUUUCAGUUCGAAUUUCUUACUAGGAUUCGUAAGAGCCAAGAGCUACUAUGGCGAUGGCAUUAAAAGAUAUCCAUUGCCACCCUCACCGAAAUCACCGACACCACAAUCGCCUGUAGCAGCUUCUAGAGAAGACUCACGAUUGCUCAAACAGUAG